CUCUUACAUAUAUAUUACAUGGUAGGUCGUCGAGUUGUCGACUGUUUGUAUGAAAUCUAUUAUAUAUCCUCCCCAUCAUAUAUAUCUUCUCCUCAAUCUAACUCCCAGUUUCUCUUUUUGAACCUACCAGCUUGGCGUGAAUGUGAUAAGAUAUAGUACCCCGCCAUCCACAACAAACCAACAGCAACUUCAAAAGCAAAGCAUCUCAGCUCUUCACAAUGGCUUCCAACCCAGCCAGCUCCACUUCCAAGACGCUGGUCCAGCAAUACCCCGGCACCACCUCCCCCCUCAUUGUCUGCGCCCCCAUGCGCCUCAUCUCCUCCCCCGCCCUCGUCCACGCCGUCUCCCAGUCCGGCGGCCUUGGUUUCCUCGGCUUCGGUAUCCCCGGAACAGACACAAGCAUCGCAGACAUCAAGAUCCUCAUCGAUGAGGCCAACGCCCUCUUUACCUCCUCCCCAUCCUCCGGCCCCGCACCCUUCGGCAUCGGCUUCCUCCUCAUCACCGACCCCUCCCCAGCCGAAACCGUCACUCUCCUCGCCAGCCUCCCCCCCGCCCAAGUGCCCGCAGCAGUCUGGCUCUUCCCCGCCGCUUCCCCAGAUACGAUCGCGCAGUGGACAACGAGCUUGCGCUCCCUCCCCGCUCCUCCCAAAAUCUGGCUCCAGGUCGGGACGAAAGCACAAGCUCUCAGCUACGCUAAGCUAUGCCAGCCUGACGUCCUCGUCCUCCAGGGCGCCGAUGCGGGUGGACACGGUCUGGCGGCUUCAGCUUCGAUUGUAGCACUCGUACCUGAGACUACAGAUGCGCUCCGCGAAGCGGGGUUGAAUAUCCCCGUCAUCGCCGCAGGGGGCAUAGCGGAUGGUCGCGGGGUAGCAGCGGCGACGGUGCUUGGUGCGGACGGUGUGGCGAUGGGGACGCGCUUCCUUGCUUGUCCCGAGGCGAAGAUCGCGCGGGGGUACCAGGAUGCGGUGCUAGUUGCGUCUGAUGGGGGUGUUAAUACGGUACGUACGCGACUUUAUGAUACGUUGAGGGGAUCGAAGACGUGGCCUGAGGGGUAUAAUGGGAGGGGUGUUGUGAAUAAGAGUUAUGUGGAGAGUGAGGCGUUGGGGGUGGAGGAGAAUGUGAAGAAAUAUUUGAAAGCUAUGGAGGAAGGGGAUAAGGCGUGGGGGGUUGAGGGGAGGGCGACGACGUAUGCGGGGAGUGCGGUGGGGUUGGUGGGGGAGGUUAAGGGGGCGGGUAAGAUUGUGGAGGAGGUGAGGGGAGAUGCUAUCAAGCUGUUGGGGGGGGGCAGGGCCUAA